AUGGAGUUACAACGCUCUCAUUUGGGUGAACAUUUAAAAAGCGAAUGUGAAUAUCGGGAUGUGAAAUGUGUACUUUGUGGGCAAGAUGUCACCUUUGCCUCGAUAAUGGUAAGAAUAAAAUAUCUUAGAAAACUGUGAUUUUAUUUAUAUCACAAGACAAACUGGCUAAAUUGUGUUUGCCCGGAUUCUGGUACUUCUCUGGAUAAUUUGUCUACCCGAGGCAUAUGUUGUUUGCUCACUCUAAAACCACUGCAUGGUUAAAAUUUCCUGGUUAACUUAGAAAUAACCCUAUUUGGGUUAACUUAAUACUCUUGGAUAAAUUUCCUGGUUAUUUUAUCUCACUGCCUACCAUAGUCUGGUUAAUGUAACCAGAAAUCUGGUUAUAUUUGACCAGGACGUCCUUUUUAAAAUAACCAAACUGUACUAGGUGGAAAAAUAACCAGGCGCCCUAUGUUUCCGAGUUCGUAAGUUAUUACAAAUCCAUAAGUCUCCUUUUCAAAUCACUUUGAUAAACUCGUCAAGUCGUUUUCUAUAGUUAGUUAGCCUCAAGCCAGUACACUCAAUUAUGCUCACUAUUUGUCUAGGAACAUGUUCGUACGAGCUGUGAAGGUGCACCCGUGACUUGCAGAUACUGUAAGGAAGAUGUCUUGAGAAAAGAUAUUGAAAAACACGAGAGACGCGAUUGCUAUGAGGCUACGGCAACAUGUGAAUUCCAGGCUGUGGGUUGCAACCAUGAUAAG